AUGGCUAGUUCUUCAAAAACCAUUAAUGCAGAUAAGCAAAGAAAACGAAGAAAAAAUCUAUCACUCAAAAACAAAGUUGAUAUCAUUAGAAGAAAAGAUACUGAUGUAAAAUUAAAUGAUGAAAAACUGGCUGUAGAGUUUGGUGUAGAACGUUCCACUAUAAGUGGCAUUCUUCGGAAUAAAGAGAAAUUUCUACAGUUGCAUGCAGAUGCUAAGAGUUCAGAUCUGAAAAAAAUUCAAAAUAUUCCAGUUUCCCAAGAUUUGUUAAAAAUGAAGGCAGUUGAACUUUAUAAUAAGGCUAUAAAACAGGGUGCACAAUUUCCUAAUUUUGAAACAUCAAACGGGUGGUUGGAAAAGUUUCAGAAUCAAUAUAACAUUUGUUGCAAAACUAUCACUGGUAAAAGUGAAUCCAUAUGUCUUGACCAAGUAGAGAAUGGAAGAAAAGAAUUGCAACAAAUAAUAGCUACGUUUAACAUAGAUAAUGUUUACAAUGAAGAUGAAACAGGACUCUUCUUCCAUUUAGGUCUAAACAAAACACUUGUAUCAAAAGUAUUACAAUGGAUUCAUGAGUUAAAUGAAGGACAAGAAAUGAAAAAACCAAAUAUUAAAAAAGCGAUUGAAAUAGUUGCAGAUGCUUGGAACAAUGUAAAACAGGAGACAAUAAAGAACUGCUGGUUAAGCACAGGAAUAUUAACUGCAGAAAUGAUACAUGCCAAUACAGAUAAUAUGAAGACUGAUGAAGCCGAUAAUGAUAUAGUUGAAUUGAUUUCAGCUUUAGAUAGUCUUAGCAUUGUAGAACCCUCAAUAGAUAAUUUGACAGCGAAUGAAUAUAUUGAGAUAAAUAAUAAUUUGGUUAGUGCAGAGUUAUCUACAGAUGACGAACUCAUUGAAGAAAUUCUUUUGACUGAAGGAGUCUUACACCCGACACAAGUAGAUAUGGAAGAUUCAAGUGAGAAAGAAGAAGAAAGCAUUUCUGUAAAGGUGGGAAGAGAAGCACUUGUAACAGCCAAGAAGUUUUUAGAACAAAGAGAAUUUAUAACAGAAAAUGAUAUAAGAUAUAUUCGCAAUAUAAUUAAGCACUUAAAUAAAACAGUAGAAAUGUCAAAAUGUUAA